AUGAAGAACUAUAAAGAGCUAUAUCUUAACAGUUCAAUUGAUUAGAGACUCAACCAAACGGUUGAAGACUAAAGAAAGACUACCUAAAAUAUAAUUAAGAGAAAUGUUAAAAACUUUUCACAAAGCAAAAUUACUAGAGAGUAGUCUUAGUUAAAUAAUGCAGCUUCACCAUACCAAGAGACCAGAUAUACUUAAGAUUCUUCUGUGAAAUUUAGUAAAACGGCAGAUAAGUUUUUUAAGACUGGGUCAAAAAAUUUGAUCAAUUAGCAACAGCAAAUGUAUAUGUAGUACAGCGACAAUGACAUAAAAUCAUCAGUAUUUUCUAUCCCAUUAAUAUAUGUUUAGAGUUCAAAAUACAAUGAGUAUAGUGCUCCUAAGUCAGGGUUGUCAAAAAUUCAAGGGUACAAGGAUGAAUCAGAGAGAAGGAAAAGUCUGUUGAAUUUCUCAAGAAAUAGCAAAGGGAUAAGCAAAACUUCAUCUUAUAGUCGGCAAUAAAAUACAGUGCAGGCCAGGCUCUCAACCUAGAGUGGAACUCGAUAAUACUUGAAUAUUACAGAGAAUAGAAUGGAUUCUUCCAGUAAAAGUCUACUUAACAAAAAUAACUCCAGCAGUUUCAUGAGAAAUUUAAGACGAAAUUCUUAGAUUAAGAGUGAAUAUGAUAUAACUUAAGUUAGUUCUAAGAACCAACUACAUAAUAUAUAUGAUGAUCAAAAUGAGAAGGAUAUUGGCAAGCAUGAGAAAUAUAUGACAAAGUUGAAUUUAAGGUCCCCAGAUAAAGAAGUCAUAUCAGAAAACGACUCAAUAGAUGAAGAGAGUAAGGCUAAUCAAAUGAAAAUGUACACAGCUUUCAAGCUGAAUUUACCUAAGAAAAAGCAGAUGCAAUCCUAGACUAAAGCUGUGUCAAAUAAAAAUCAGGACUAGAAUCAAACAAAAUUUCAUCAUCAUACUAUAGGGAGCUUUGGCAAGUAGUCAAGGCCUAAAUCUGCUCAACUAAAUGCUGGUGGCAUUAAAAGGCGAUAAAGUAGCAGAUACAGCAACACACAGGGAUAGAUUGGAGGAGAUCAUCUUGACGCUGACACAUAAAUAAACAGAAUAUUCAACUAAAAGCAGGUGACAACAAAGAAGCCAGAGAUUACUCCUGAUCCAUCAGAUUUGCAGCUGCACUAUGGCCAUCAUCUACUUAAGUCAAUUGUAUCUUACAACUCUACAAAUUACUAUCAGAAAAUGCAAUAGCAGAAAUUUAUAAAUGAGUACAAUAUAACAGAGAAGAAUGAUUAGUAUAAGUAAAUACGAGAGUGCUAUGGGUUUAGACAGGAAGUUAAUUCGAAAGAUGACAAAAGCUUAAACUAGCAGAGAUAGUUGCUGAGUAAAACUAGUUUUAAUGAUAAUUACGAAGCUAAUGUUAAAUGGUUGAAAGUAAGUAAUCUAAACUUCGAGGGCAAAAAAGAGUGGAGACUUAACUAGGUGCUUCAGGACAAGCAACUCAAGGAUCUGUAGGAAAAGAAAUUUAAGUAGCAGCAGCAAAGUAAUAAUUAAAUGCUUCUCAAUAAGAACCAGGGAAAUCAAGACACUCAUGAUAGGAAUAGAGAUCAUAAUUAAAUGCUUGAGUUUGCCAGUGAACUGUUUUAAUUUUGGAAUGAUAACGAGGAAGAAGUUAUAUAUGUAGAUACUAUAGUAAAAGAUAUGGUCUCGAUUGGGUUAGCUCCUAGUUAUGACUUUUUACUUAGAAUGAUGUCGAUAGUUCUUAAGUAACCUUUCAGUUAGAUUUCUAGAAUAAAGAUUUGCAUUAAGGACUUUUAAAAGCUCUGUAAUUCAAGCAGACUUGUCAACAGAAUACUAAAGAUUCUGAAUGAGAGUGUGAAGUCUUCUUAAUAAUCUAAGAAAAAGGCUUCACAGUAGUCAUAGGGAGUGGAACUUAAACAUUAAAAUAGGUCAUUAUUAAGUUCAUAAAAUGGAGGUAAUCAGUCACCAGCGAAAGGAAGAAGAAAUGAUUAGUAUCAAAAUUAUUCUUCCUUAGAUAAAGAACUCCUGGAUAAGCCUAGUAAUGCAAUAAACUAAAAGUAAAAAAUAAUAGAUGACUAUGAAAGCAAGGAGGUGCUAAUGACAAAGAAAAAACUUAAAUAUCAUCAUAAGCUGCUUAUUCUUCAUGAGAUCGUUAGCGAUGUGCAAAUCUAUAAGAAUCUAAAAAACUCUGAUUUAGCCAAGGAUUACCAAGAAAAGCUGGUGCUUAUCAAUUAAAGAAGAGAAAUGAUAAGCUAUUUAAAUCAGAAGUACGGUGCUAGUGCCAAAACAUUCCUUGAGAUACUAGAAAUAUUCAAAAAUGAUCCUCAUUAAAUACUUAGUGAACCAAACAAGAAAGUAAAAAAGUUGAUCUCUGAAACUCUAGAAAAGUAUCUAAAGGAAAAUAAUUAGACCUUUUAAUUUAGGAAUGCCAAUUUAGGGGACAUGUAUGAGCUUAUUCUAUCAUGGUGGGAUGAAUUAAAAGGUGGCUAGGAAAAGAAAGUAGGAGAAGUGCCAAAGAAAGACUUCAUGCGAUUUGCACUCAAAAAGAGAAUCAUUGUGGAUGAGAAAGAACUUGACAGUUUGUAUAAAGACUUAACUGGAGAUCUAUCUUUGAUAGACAAGCCAGUCUUGAAAUAUAACGAAUUUAUGAGGAUAUUUAUGAGAUCAUGCUUUAAAGGAGCGCUUUAGAAUGUCUAUGACUUCAUUGUGAAAGCUAGCAUUAUUUUAAAGAGUCUGCCUAUUUCAAUCAAAGUUCUGAGCUAUCAAAGAUAGUUGCUAUAUUCAGGAAUAGUUUCAAUUAGCAAUCCUAAGAAAAAUAAAAGAGGUCUUGACGGGAAAAUUGUGCUGAAAGCCCUCUCAGAGAUUUAAAAGCCUGAUAAUAUCAAAUUUUCAGACUUAAAAGACAUUAUGGUUAAAGACUACAAGGAUUUGAGAAAGAUGAACAGAGGUGAUAAUGAGGAUGAAAUAUUUGAUAAGUCUUUGAAAAUUUCUGCCUAUAAUAACGACUAGAUUGAUGAGAAACUGUUGCUUGAAGUGAUAUAAUCAGAUGAGGAAGUUUCUUUUUCCAGUUUAAACACCAAAUAUAUGAGAAAGCAAAAAGAGAAAAAGAGAAGAGACUCAAAUUUGAGACAUGAUGAAGAUUCUACACUGCUGACUGUGCAAUCAAAUUAUAGAUAAAAUACAGGGGGCUUUUCAGAGGAGCUAAAAUCUCCUAUAAGCAUUAAAUCUAAAGUAGAAAACUUAUCUUCAAUUCAUGAUCGCCCUAUGAGUAGUAACCUUGGGUCAUCAUUCUAUGUUACCUAGUAAAGAGCAGUUUCAUCAUAGGGUAGGUCAAGAACCCUAAGAUAAAACUUUGCAAAGUCAAACUAAUCAAGCAAUAUUAAUCAAUAUUUCAAUCCCUCAGCAACAAGCACUAAUAUCGGCAAUUAGACUUAGAAUUAAAACAGAAAUUCUGCUAAAAGCCAUUAAAGAAACAAAUAAAGAAAGGCUUUUGAUCAUAAAGAUAUUCAAGCGAAGGAGAUUAAAAUUAUUAGCAUGAAUGAAUAGUAUUGA